GGCGCCCGUUCGAGGAGCAGUGCGCAGGCGUGCAAGCGGGCCCUUCUGUCACUUCGGGUAGGAGGCGGACGGAACCCAGAGAGAGGGAGGAAAAAAACGGACCGAUUGAUGUGCGCAGCCCGUUCUGCGCAGACUCCGCACGGCAGCGUAGAGGAGAGCGAGAGAGAAAAAAACAGUUUGAGCGAGGGGGGGAGGCUGCAAUCGUGUUUGACAGCCGUAAAAACCUCCGUAUUUUUGUCUGAAUGGUCGCUGUAAGCCCUCCGCGUCGAAGCCGACUUUCUUCAGGGUGAAAUGAAUUUUGGGUGUUGAAUGUCACCAAGCCUCCCUUUGAUUCUUGGAUUUGGCUACUGCAAAGGUGUUUUGGAUUGGCAGAGGGCCACUGUGUGGCAGUACUUAACAAAUUAGGAGUUUGCAAGGAAUUUGGAUCUCCCGUGGAGGAGGCAGCAGCUGCUGUACAAAUCAGACCUGAUUUCACACAAUCAAAAUGGUGUUGUCACAGAGACAAAGAGAUGAACUAAAUCGAGCUAUAGCUGACUAUCUUCGUUCUAAUGGCUAUGAAGAGGCUUAUUCCGUUUUUAAGAAGGAGGCAGAAUUAGAUAUGAAUGAAGAAUUAGACAAAAAAUAUGCUGGACUGCUGGAGAAAAAAUGGACCUCUGUGAUAAGAUUACAGAAGAAGGUUAUGGAAUUAGAAUCAAAACUAAAUGAAGCAAAAGAAGAAUUUACAUCAGCUGGUCCCCUUGGUCAAAAGCGUGACCCUAAAGAAUGGAUCCCUCGUCCUCCAGAAAGAUACUCUCUGAGUGGACACAGAAGCCCGGUCACACGAGUUAUUUUCCAUCCAGUUUUCAGUGUCAUGGUAUCAGCCUCUGAGGAUGCCACAAUAAAGGUCUGGGACUAUGAAACUGGAGAUUUUGAACGUACACUGAAAGGUCACACAGACUCUGUACAAGAUAUCUCCUUUGAUCAGAAUGGCAAGCUGUUAGCAUCCUGCUCUGCUGACAUGACUAUCAAGCUUUGGGAUUUCCAAAGCUUCGAAUGCAUUAGGACUAUGCAUGGCCAUGAUCAUAAUAUUUCAUCAGUAGCUAUCAUGCCUAAUGGAGAUCAUAUAGUGUCUGCCUCAAGGGAUAAAACCAUGAAAAUGUGGGAAGUCCAGACUGGUUACUGCGUGAAGACUUUCACGGGACAUAGAGAAUGGGUGCGCAUGGUUCGACCCAAUCAAGAUGGAACUCUUCUGGCCAGCUGUUCUAAUGAUCAGACAGUGCGCGUAUGGGUGGUAGCAACAAAGGAAUGUAAAGCUGAACUUCGGGAGCAUGAACAUGUUGUAGAAUGCAUUUCCUGGGCACCAGAGAGCUCCUACCCAACCAUUUUGGAAGCAACAGGAUCUGAGACUAAAAAGAGUGGCAAGCCUGGACCUUUCCUCCUGUCAGGAUCCAGAGACAAGACAAUUAAGAUGUGGGAUAUUAGCAUUGGAAUGUGCCUUAUGACACUGGUUGGCCAUGAUAACUGGGUACGUGGUACCCUGUUUCAUCCUGGAGGGAAGUUUAUUGUGAGCUGUGCUGAUGACAAAACUAUUAGAGUCUGGGACUACAAGAACAAACGGUGCAUGAAGACCCUGAAUGCACAUGAACACUUUGUUACCUCUCUUGAUUUCCACAAGACGGGUCCAUUUGUUGUCACUGGAAGUGUAGAUCAAACGGUAAAGGUCUGGGAGUGCCGCUGAUAGAAUUGAUCUUCUGGUUUUUUUCUCCUUUCCCUCCUUUUCCCUGGCCUCACCACCCAAAAUCCUACCCCUCCAGAUGCACUCAAUUACCAUGGUUACCCAUCCAGCUCUGUUUAAUAACUAUUGUCCUUUAAUGUAAAUUAUUCUGGAUGUAGAUUGAGCUAUUAAAUGUUACACAAAAGUAUUCAUGCAUGGUGAAUCCGAAUUGUAUACUGUAAAUUACAUACGUUGUCUAGAAGUACCAUAGGUAAAGAACAAGGGCUAGCAUUGGUCAUAUUAGACCUGGAAAGCAGAAGUUGAUUGGAUAAUUAGGGCACUGAAAAUGAUUCUGAAAUUAAAUCAGCAGUGAUGUUCUCAGUCAUUGGAAAUGGUCUUUAAUUUCAUUGUCAUUUAUGUCUGAAGCACACCAAAUGUGCUGAUUCUGUAAUCCUUGAAUCACUUUGUGUGGUACUAGGGCUUAUUUAAUGAGUGUGUAGGUGUGUUGUUCAUAAAUUGUCUACCAUUCUAUUAACUUUGCAUAAGUUCAAACCAAUAUCCAGUAAACUCUAAAUAACAAUGGGUGAAUUCUGAAGACUAUUGUUAGAUCUCCCACUUGUGUUGAGAUUAACAUACACAAAUAAUUGCAUGUUAAAUUUGGGUUUCGCUAAUUAAUAAAUGAGACUAUUUGUCUCUAAGCCCUUGUGCCAUCUUCCAACCUUGAAAUAUAGUAACACUGAUCACAACAAGGUCUGUCUGGUGUUUGCUGAAGAAAACUCCUUCAAACAUUUGGCCCCUACAGAGAGGACUGCCUUAUGGUUACAUGGUAACUAUUUUGAGAAUAUUGGGUGAUUGCUAUCCAAGGAUUACAUUAACCAGUUCAGACUAUACUGCAUUUGAGCACUGACAAAUUUAUUUUGGUGCACAUUGUUUGUUAACUUACUAGAUUUGGUUGGACAGUACAUAAGCUUUAAAACUGAAAAAAAAUAGUGUGAAUACCUAACUUGCUUUUAAAAAAUUGUUGCUUCUAAUGAUGAGCUCUGUAGCACCAUUUUCCAUAAUAGACACAUUGUGUUCGUAUGUUUUAAAAAGAUAACUUAGUCAUCCCAUUAAAAAGCCACUAAAUAUACCAUGCUUUUAACUAGGAUGCUUUUUUUUGUUUUAAACUGAACAUUUUUUUGUAAAUGUCUAGGGGGAAAAACAUGCAGAAGUGAAAUUUUGUAGUAACUAUUGCAAUUUGUUUUAAAGCUGUGUUUUAUUUAAAACAUAUGAAAACCUUGUGCCUAAUCCUAUCAACACUCCCUGCUUGAAGCAGAGGACACUUAUUUAAUGAAGGAUGUAUUCUACAACUUGAAAUAUUUAAAAGACUUAACUUUCCAGGACAUAAUGAUGUAAAAAUAUGCUUUGUAGAAGGCUAUUAGCAGCAUAAAUCAGUUAAACGGUGCUUUUGAAUAACAAAUCAUUAAAAGGCCUUUUGUGCUUUUUUAUAGUAAAACGUGCACCGUGCUAUCUUAAAAUGUCUUGACUUUAAGCAAUAGCCCAGUUUACAGAUGGUCCGUGAAUUCAUUUUGGAAACGUAUUUGUUUUUGGUUUAUACAUGCAAAAAUCAUGGUGAACACCACCAGUUUGCCUGUCUCCCUGCCCCUAAAUUUUCCAUGAUAAAUUUAUAAAGUAUCUGUGGUUAAACUGGACUUUUCUCCUGGAUUUUGCCUAAGUGUAGCCUAUGAAGGAGCCAGUGUCACAAGGAGGGGGGAAAGUGUAACUUAAAAUGCCAUAUCAGCACUGGGAAUUGCAUCAAAUUCUGCUUUGUCGUGUCCAAUCAAUGCAAUUUCUUGUUCAUUCUGGAGAGUGUGCAGUGAUGUUUUGUGAAUUUUGUGGCCGCCUGCCAUUGUAACUUACAUAGUUCAAUAGCAGUAACAGUAAAAGAGCCAGAUAAUUCCAGCAUUGUGAAUCUGUAAACAUCGAUUUUGGGAAGAACAAUGUGCUCGUUAGCAGUAAUUCACAGUAGCUGCUGUAAAUUACAUGCAGUGCAUCACGUGUAAUGUUUUAAACUUGUAGUAAUGAAUGCAGUAUGGUAAUUUAGAGCUGCAUUGGGUUAAGUUUCCAGUUGCCAAUCAAAAUUCUAAUGAAGUUGGCCUUGACAAGCAAGCUGCUCUGUUCAUCUGUGUAGUUCUGCUAUUAUUCUGGCCUUUGUGGCUCACUCUUUCCUACAAAUCUGAUACAUCGGUGCAGCAAAGUUAUAGCACUAGCAACAGUUAUAUAUUGCUAAGUCUUUAUCAACCAGCUAAUGGCAAGCAAAGGAUAACUAGAACCCAAUCUGCUACUGGUUUGGUUGUGCUGUCUGGAAAGAUGUCUUCAAAAAGAAUCUGGAAGUUGGUAAUUUGGGCAGCUGCAACUAUUACCUGCAAAAAAGACAUAGUUACCCGACUGGAGUUGAAUUCAUGUUUUCAGCACUUUCGUACCUGUUUGUUACAGCUGUGUAAUUCCCAUAUUGUCGUCUCCUAAACAUUGAGAGCUGAAGUGUGUUAUUUCAGUUACAGACAUUCUAUAAUAUAUGCUUAAUGAUAUAUCUCCUGGAAAAAUAGAUUUCAGCUCUGCUAUUUAAGUAAGAUUGCAUUCUUUAUUAGUUAUUGUAACAAAGUGCACAUAACUGCCUACUAAGGCAAAAUUGUUGAAUAAACUCCCAACGUUUUUCCCUUUCAUGUGUUGAAAAUAUACAAAUGUCAAUUUAUACUAUUCUAAGUUUCUGGACUUGGUUAAGAAGCUUCUUUGCUUUCAGAACUUGAACUUACUCUUGCAUUGAUCUUAAUGGACAGAGUCUACUUAUGGUCGCUAUCUCUCCUGGCACCUUACAAUGAAAGCAAAGUGUAUUCAACCAAACAACAUACAGGCAGUUUAUGACACCAGAGUUAUGUAAUAGUCAAAAAUAUCCAGUCAUAUUUCAAGAUUUUUUGCUGGUAAUUUUUGUUAAAGCACUUUUUUGUCAAAACUUGACCUAGAAUGGCACUCCUGUUGACUAUUCUGCAAUGAGUGAAUGCUAUCAAGUAUAUCAAAAAUAAAGAUUCAAUGGUACGUUAAUAAACCGUGGUGGUGCUGUGAAGAACUUGAAACUGUAGUUGGAGCUCAGUUUAAAGUUUUUGCAACAAUUUUAAUUUAAGAAAUGGUUAAAAUAUUAUCUGAACAGUUGAUAAAACUUGGUCAUUCUUCAUUUAUUUUUGACCUGUAAUAUUAUUAAAUGUUUCUUACCUGUGAAUUACAGUUCAUUCCAUUUCAGAGCGAGUAGAAUUUUUCAAUACAAAACCUGUCUUGACCAAAAUUACUUUUUCUUUUCCUUUUUGUUUCAAAAAUAUGUACAUAGGAAACAUUUCUUAUAAAGAGGAAACUGUUCUAAAAUGGAAUAACCCAUGUUUUCACUUGGUAAUGGAAAAUAAUAAAGCAAGAGCAUCUUUAACUCAGUACACAUUCCAGAAAUUAGCCCUUAACUACCUGUGUGCCCCAUUCCAAAUCAUGGUUUGCUUUAAUAUAAAUCGCUUGAAUAUAGACUGGUUGAAACCAUCUAGAUUGAUUUGGCCUUCAUUGAAGUUGAAUAAGAACCUGUACAGCAUCUUGCACUUUAAUAUAACAAAAGAAAAACCGUCCUGCUUUCUUCAGCCGUGUAUGGUGUGACCAAUGCUAUGUCCAAGGCACUAAACAAACCUAGUAGCUAGCAAGUGUAAGGGGCUAUGGAGCACUGUAGUUUUGAAAGCUUGGUUAUAGAGUCACCAAGCCCAGUCUACUGUCAGUAUCCUGCUUCUCCUGUUCGCCUCUUCCUCUUUUUGUGAAUUGCCUGGUUCAAACUCUUCUUAAAUGGCCAUUCCCACUGAAGCCAUUUUUAACCCUUCAGACUCUGUUUUGUCAGCUAAUUUACUGGCUGUUAAUUGACCUUUGCCAUUCCCACUGUAUCAUGUGAUUGGCUGCUUUCUAGUCCCGCCUUUUCCCUCAGUGUUCCUAAAGUGUUCCUGAAGACCAGUAGUGAACCUCCAAGUAGACGUUGUACUCAUCACUGACACUAUGGCAAGAAGUAAUUUUACAAGCAGAAGGGUGCAAUUACAAGUACCAGGACUGUGAGAAGAUAAUUGAGCUAUUGACACAGUACAAGCAAUCAGUUAAGGAAUGUAUAUACUGCUGUGUGUUUUACAGUAAGAUUUGUUGCUAUCAAACUGUGUAAAACAAGAUUUAUUCAUGUUUUCUGCAUAUUAAAAUCUUAAUGUACCAAUUGGUAAAGACUAUUAAAAUGCAUACAAAACCACUGUUUUCUUCCCCCUUUCUCCUUGUGUGGUGAAUUUUUUUUUUUAACUUAAAUCCAUUAUUUCCAGAGGUUGAGGACCAUACUGCUGCUUUUACAAGUACAACUUAGAAACAGAAAAUGCUGGAAACAUUCAGUGGUCAAAGCCAAGUUAAUGUUACAGGUCACCAAGACCCUUCAGAUUCCAUUCAAUCUAAUGUUUUUAACUGUUUCUCCUUCCAUGGGUGCUACUUGACCUGAAUGUUUCUAAUAUUGUCUGGUUUUAUUUCAGAUUUCCAGUAAUUUUAAAUCUUAUGCUGUACUACAUCAUUGAUGAAGAUGCUAGCCCUCUUUACAGUGUUUCUGACUGGGAAGCAUUUUUCUGAUUAUUGAGAAAAUAAGGUUGACCUUGGAUUCUGCCUCUGCAACAACCCUGUUCAGCAUGGUCAAGUCCAUAACAGUCAUCUUACAUGAUGUCUACUUAGGCUUGGAAGUCAGUGGUUAUGGAUUUGUCUCUGACAAGCUUGUAUGUAGUUCGGUUUGCCACAAUGAGAGCAGCACUCUGGAUUUUUUCAAAAGAGGGAUGAAAGAAGCCAGUCACAUGAAAACUCAGUCUUCAAGUUGCCAGCAUUGCAAAUUGGGUAUGAAUGAUCUUUUUCCACUUGUUCGUCUCUGAAAGUUGAAAUUGUAAUAUUGCUUAAUAAAUAAUAGAAAUGUAUUUAUUUUAGAACAAAUUUAGCACAGGCUAUUCAAUGUGAGACUAGAUUGAUUCCUAUUAUCUAAAAUUUCAUAGAUUAGUAUUAAGUGAUAUUUUCAAUUAGUAAAACUACAGUAUGCAUACAUCAGUCAGGCUAGAUGGUGAUUUUAAUUUAUAUUAAUCUGAGAUUUUUAAAACUGCUUCCCACUAAAGAAUGGUUUGUUUAUAAAUACCAUAUUCUGUGCAGCUAUGGAAUACACACGUUGUCACUCUAAAGACAUAAUAAAGGUGGAUUGAUGUCAAUUAUGAAUGGUUCAUAAAGACACUGACUUGAAAGUGUAAGGCACUUACCUUCUGAUGAAGGGAUGCUGUCAUCCUUAAAAUGUGUGCACAUUCAAUAAAAGCUUACAGUUUGGGAAGACUUUUUAAACUGAAACCUUGCUUUUUCAAAGGCCUGAAGUGCGAUUUAUUUUGAGGAGCCACAUCUUAAAAUGUGACUGACCACGUUCAGACAACAGAUUUGUACGUUUACACUUACUGGAUUUUUGUUACCAUUUCCAGUAUAUAACAAUUAAAGUUUCAGUUUUUUUGAAAUAGCAAUAUUUCUGUGCUCCACCAGCUGGUAAUUUGGUAUUUCCUUGAACUGUUAACUUACAACUAACUGAAACAAUGGUGGAUAAUUUUACAGUAGUUUUGAGUUUGAAAGAAAGUCUCAGUUGUCCUGCUGUAUACUUUCCACACUGGCUAAAAUAUUUUGUUGUUGAUCAUUGGUUCCUUAGUUACUCAGUGUUUUACUAAUCACUGCAGAUAAUUGUUUAAUAUGAAUAGUUACAAGAAUCUACUGUUCUUGUUUCCACUGAAUCUUUAAUAAAGUAUCAUUUGAGGGGAAAAGACAGCCUGGGGAUGUUACAAUAUAGUGCAAUUUACAAUCACAUU